ACGUAUUCCCGUGUGUCGUCUCAAAAAUGAUGGUCACCGUGGUUCAGGCGAAGCUCGCGUCGAUGAUCAUCAUCGGCGUCGGCAGCUUCGUCGUUGGUGUCGCACCAGCGUGUUUCGUUUCGCGCGUACGGUAUCUGCAACAGAAGCUCCUACUCUCGUGCACUCUGUGUUUUGGUGGUGGCGUUAUACUCGCUACGUCCAUUCUGCACAUGUUGCCGGAAACCCGCGAGUCUCUGCCCAAAUACGCUGAACUAUUGUUUUCUUGUGGAUAUUUCCUACUGUAUUUCGUAGAUGAAUGUGUCCAUUACUUUUGGGGCAGAGGCGAUCAGCAUAUACCGCAGUCACAGCAUUACGACAGUUGGAAUACUGCAAAUCAGUUGGAGUGUUGCCGGCGUCACUCGCGUCAGCCGAGCUAUACAGCGGCCACGCGGACCGUCAGAGGGAGCUCCGGGACCGAUGUUAAUACAAAAUCGCCUUAUCAGGCGAAUCUGGCAGGAAACGGGACGAACAGCUGGAAGGGUACCGCUUAUGGAGCUGUGCAAUAUGUACCGAGCGCGCCAGAUCGUUACGACGACGAGGAGACGUUUUUAUGCCACGGCAAUCAUUCGGAACCGUGCACGGAUUCCAAUGCCAGCCUCAUGGGGCUCCUCUUGGCACUUACGAUCCACUCUGUCCUUGAGGGGCUAGCGGUCGGUCUGCAGAAAGUCACAUCUGAGGUAUUUCUAUUAGUUGGAGCAGUUGCUUCUCAUAAAUUUGUCGUCGGCUUCUGCUUAGGAUUAGAAUUAGCCGGGGCUAAUAGCACUCUUCUCCGACUCGUACUAGCGAUCUUCGUGUUCUCCGCUGGAUCCGUGGUUGGUAUAGGUGCUGGAAUGUUAACAUACCGAAUGGACAAGAAGUGGACGAAUGUGCUUAUACCGAUCUUGCAAGGUCUAGCAGGCGGAACACUGUUGUACGUGACGGUCAGCGAGAUUCUACCGAGGGAGAGAGCGAGAUGGCACAGAAACGCACGUCGUUUCUCUGGUAUUUUCCAGCUAUUCUCUUCGAUUCUCGGCUUCGUCAUUAUUUUCUUGAUACACAACUACCUGGGCACGUGAACCACCGAUUUUAUAUCUGUAGCCAUUCGAUAGAACAAAUCGCCCAGCAGGCGAAUUUUAAUAGAAUGGCAUAGAAAUGUAAAAAACAAACAAAUAAAAAAGAACAACAGAAAAAACAGCUUUAUACGUGGCUUCUGGCAUAAAUUUACUCGAGAGGCUGUAUCUUCGUUCAUGUAUAAUGUAUAAAUAUGAGUUAGAGAUACAUAGAGUAGUCGUACUAGGAUAGGAAGGAGAUACAAAGGGUGGGAGUGAGUGAUUGAGCUAGUGCGAGAGGUUGAGGGAGGCCAGG